AUGAAUCCAAUCAGACCAAUAAGAGUUUAAGAGGCUUACCGAUUUUCUUAAUUGGGUGUUAGUCAAACCAAUUUCAAAUUUGGCUAAAUUUUCUUUGAAUCAGAUAAAUAUAUUACAAUAAGAGAAACAGCCCCUAAUGGAGACACUCAAUUAUUACAAUUCAAUUUUGAGACUAAGCAAUUGAUUUCUCGUAAACCAAACAAAGCAGACUCUGCUAUAAUGCAUCCAGAAAAGAAUAUCAUUGCUCUUAGAGCAGCAGGAGAAUAACCUAAUUCAACUGUGAUCUAAAUCUUCAAUUUGGAUGAGAAAUAAAGAAUUAAGAAUGUUGAAUUGAAUGAGACUAUAGUAUUUUGGAGAUGGGUAAAUCCAUAAAAAUUAGCAUAUGUUACUCCAACAGCAGUUUAUCAUAUCAAUAUUACAAACCCUGGUGAAUAAUAAGUUAAAGUUAUGGAUAGGUAAUAUAUAUAAUAAUAAUAAAAUAAGAUCUGGAGCAUUAUCAUCAGAGAAUCCAGUAUAAAUCAUAGGAUAUGGAUUAGAAGGAAAUGAAAAAUGGUGUGCAUUAUAUGGUAUUUCAACACCAGAUGGAGGUAGAACAAUUAAUGGUCACAUUCAAUUAUUUUUGAUUGAAUAAGCAAAAUAAUAAAUUUUAGAAGGACAUUGUUGUUGUUUUGGAGAUGCUUUGAUUCAUACAGAUGACUAUAAAAGCAGUUUAUUCUGUUUUGUAGAGAGAAAGUCUGGUGAAACAACAAGCAGAUUACAUAUCUCAGAAAUUGGAGUACCACCUAAUGGAUUCUAAAAAUACAAAAAAUAAGUUGAAGUUUAAACUGAUCCAAAUUAUCCAACAGAUUUCCCAGUCUUAAUGCAUAUCAAUUAAAGAUAUGGAUUAAUUUAUGUUAUAAGCAAAUUUUCAUUUUUAACUGUCUAUGAAUUAAGCACAGCUAGUUUAAUAUUUAGAGAAGUAUAAUUUUAUAUUUAUAAUCCAAUAGAGAAUCUGUAAUGAAAAUGUUUUCGUAGGUGCCCCAAAUGUUAAUUAAGGAUAAUAUCAUAUUAUUGGUAAGGAAGGUAUUGUCUAUACUAUUUCUGUAAAUGAUGACCAACUAGUGUCUUAUUUAAUUAAUACUUGCAGACAUAUCCCAGAUGUUAUUUAAUUGGGAUUCCGUUUAGCUAGUAGAUAUAAGCUUCCUGGAGCAGAUAAUAUGUUUGUUGAUUAAUUCAAUAAGGCUAUUUUAACUGGUGAUGCUUUAAGUGCUGCUAAAAUUGCUGCUAGUGCCCCUGGAACAGUUCUUAGAAAUCCAGAAAGUAUUGCUAAAUUCAAAUAAAUGUAAUAAUAACCAGGAUAACCUUAACCACUUAUUAUUUAUUUCCAAACUUUGUUAGAAAAAGGAACAUUAAAUAAAUUUGAAGCCAUAGAAUUAUGUGGACCUAUUUUAUAAUAAGGUAGAAAACAAUUUGUUGAAUAAUGGAUUGCAUAAAAUAAAUUAGAACCAUCAGAUGAAUUGGGAGAUCUCUUAAAAAGAUAUGAUGUUAAUUUAGCUAUUUAAAUCUUCAAAUUAUCUAAAUCAUAUUAAAAAUUAGCAUAAUGUUAUAUGGAAACUGGAUAAGUUGAUUUAGCUAUGCAAUUACAAUAAUAAUUUGGAGUAUCAACAGAUUAUAUGGCAAUGUUAAGAAAUAUGAUGAUGUCAUCUCCAGAAUAAGCUUUAGCUAUGGCUAAAUCUUUAUAUCAAAGAGACCAAAGCAUCAAUGUUCAUUAAAUUGCAGAAUUAUUUGAAUAAUUCUAAAGAUUACCAGAAAUGACAGCCUUCUUAGUUGAGUGUAUGAAAAACAAUAGAGCAGAGGAUGGACCACUCUAAACUAAAGUUUUAUGCUUGAAUCUUUAAGCUGCUGCUCAAGUUGCUGAUGCCAUAUUAUAAAUGAAUAUCUGGACACAAUUUGAUAGAAUUAGAGUUGCCUAAUUAUGUGAAUAAAAAGGUCUAUAUCAAAGAGCACUUGAAAAUUACUCAGAUCCAAAGGAUGUUAAAAGAGUUAUUCUUAAUACUCAUGCUCUCCCUCCUGAAUUCAUUAUCAAUUUCCUAUCAAGAGUUGAUCCUGCAUUGACAUUAUAAUGCCUUUAAGAUUUAUUAAGACAUAAUAGAUAGAACUUAUAAGUGGUUGUUAAUGUUGCAGUGUAAAACAAUUAAAGAUUAACAAUUCCAGCAUGCAUUAAGGUAUUUGAAUCAGUUAGUGCAUUUGAAGGAGUCUACUUAUUUUUAGGAUCUUUGAUUAAUACAACAUCUGAUAAGGAUAUCUAUUAUAAAUAUAUUGAAGCUGCUGCUAAAUGCAAUUAAAUUAAAGAAUUAGAGAGAGUUAUUACAGAAAAAGGAGAUUGUUAUGAUGCAGAUAAAGUUAAAAAUUAUUUGAAGGAAUAAAAAUUAUCUGAUCCAAGACCAUUGAUUUUCUUAUGUGAUAUGAAUGGAUUUGUUGAUGAAUUGACUAGAUAUCUACAUAAAAAUGGAUUUACUAGAUAUAUUGAAAUCUACAUAUUCAAAGUAAAUCCAAAUGCUGCUCCUGCAGUUUUUGGUACAUUAAUUGAUUUGGAAUGUGAUGAAGUUUAUUUGAAAUAAUUGUUGUAUAAUAUUCGUGGAAUGUGUCCAAUUGAACCAACUGUUGAGGAAUUUGAAAAAAGAAAUAAACUUAGAGUCUUAGAAUAAUGGCUUGAAGCUAGAGUUACUGAAGGCAAUCAAAUUCCAGCCAUUCACAAUGCAUUAGCUAAAAUAAAGAUUGAUACAUCAUAAGAUCCUGAUGGAUUCUUGAUUAAUAAUCAAUUUUAUGAUGCAAAGGCUGUUGGUAAAUUCUGUGAAGAAAGAGAUCCAUAAUUAGCAGUUCUAGCUUAUAAAAGAGCAUGGGGACAAUGUGAUUAAGAAUUGAUUAAUUUAACAAAUAAAAAUGAAAUGUACAGAGUUUAAGCCAAAUAUCUAGUAGAAAGAUAAGAUGUUGAUUUAUGGGCUGGAGUAUUAUAAGAAACAAAUCCACAUAGAAAAAAUUUGAUUGACUAUGUAAUUUAAGCAUUACAAGACUCAAAAAAUGUUGAUGAAGUUUAAGCAGCUGUCAAAGCAUUUGUAUUGGCAAAAAUUCCUUAUGAAUUAUUAGGUUUAUUAGAGAAAUUAGUAUUACAUAAUCCAGAAUUCAUGUAAUAUAAAUAAUUAUAAAAUUUGUUAAUUAUUACAGCUAUUUAAAGUGAUACAAGCAAAGUAUUGGAUUACAUUAAUAGAUUGGAUAAAUUUGAUCCAUAAAUUAUAGCAUAACAUUGUUUGAAUGAAGAAUAUAAAUUGUAUGAAGAAGCUUAUGCUGUCUUUAAGAAAUUUAAUUUACAUAUUGAAGCUGUUAAUGUAUUACUCAGAAAUUUGGGUAGCAUUCCAAGAGCUCAUGAAUAUGCUUAAUUUGCAAGUUCACCUGAAGUUUGGUCAUUAUUAGCUGAGGCUUACUUUAAUUAAGGAUAAACCAAUGAAUCCAUUGAUUGUUAUAUUAAGGCUAAUGAUUCAAGUGCAUUCUUAAACAUAAUUAAUGUGGCUGAAUAAGAAGAGAAAUAUGAAUUAUUAGUCAAAUAUUUAUUAAUGUGUAGAUAAACAGUCAAGGAUGUUAACAUUGAUAAUUCAUUAAUCUAUUGUUAUGCUAAAUUAGAUAAGAAUUUAGAUAUUGAAUCUUUAAUUUAAUCAAGCAAUUCAGCUGAUUUAAUUAAAGUAGGAGAGAGAUGUUAUGAUUAAUAAUUAUAUGAAGCAGCUAAGAUCUUAUUUACAGCACUUAAAAAUAAUGCAAGAAUAGCAUCUUGUUUGGUUAGAUUAAAAUAAUUUAAUAAAGCAAUUGAAGCAGCUUAAAAGGCUAAUACAUCAAAGACAUGGAAAGAAUUAUGUUUUGCUUGUGUUGAAGCAUCUGAAUUUAAAUAUGCUUCAAUUUCUGCUUAGAACAUUAUCAUAGUACCAGAUAUGUUGGAAUCUUUGAUUAAAUAAUAUGAAGAAUAUAAUGCAUAAGAAGAAAUGAUAAUAUUAUUGGAAAAUGCUUUAGGUAUGUAAAGAGCACAUGUUGGUAUCUUUACAGAAUUAGCAGUUCUUUAUUGUCAUUAUAAAUAAAAGAAAGUUAUGGAACAUUGUAGAUAAUAUUUCUAAAAGAUGAACAUAUUGAAAGUUCUAAGAACUUGUGAAAAGAUGUGUCUUUGGAGUGAAGCUGUUUAUUUACAUUAACAUUAUGAUUAACCAGAUAAUGCUAUCAAUAUUAUGAUUGAACAUUCGCCAACUGCAUUCUCUCAUGAUGUUCUAGUUAUGUUACUCUAAAAGAUUACUAAUACAGAUUUGUAUUACAAAUGUAUUCUCUUUUAUCUUGAAGAAUAACCAGAAUAAAUUAAUGAUUUAUUAAGAAGUAUUCAAUCUAAGAUUGAUUUAAGCAAAUUUGUUAAAUUAAUGAAAAAUACUGGUUAUUUAGCUUUGACAUUACCAUUUUUAUAACAAAUUCAAAAUUCAAAUAAUAAAGAUGUUAAUGAUGCCUUAAAUCAACUCUAUUUAGAUAUUGAAGAUUAUGAAAAUCUUAGAGAAUCUGUUAAAAAUUAUGAAAACUUUGACUAAUUGGCUUUAGCCUAAAAGACUUAAUCUCAUGAAUUAGUUGAAUUUAGAAGAAUAGCUGCUUAUUUAUAUAGAAAGAUCUAAAAAUUUGAUUUAUCUAUGAACUUGAGUAAAUAAGACUAAAUGUACAGAGAUGCAAUCGAAACAGCUUAAGAAUCUUAGAAUGUUAAGUUAGUCUAUGAAUUAUUGGAAUUCUUCAUAUAAAAUAAGGAGAGUGAAUUCUUUACUGUGUGUCUUUACACAUGCUAUGAUUUAUUGAAACCAGAUUAAGUUAUGGAAUUAACUUGGAGAUCAGGCCUUAUGGAAUUUGCUAUGCCAUACUUCAUUUAAAUUACUUGGGAAUUGACUCAUAAGAUAGAAUAUGUAUAAAAGAAACAUGAGGACAGAGAAAAGAAGGUAUAAUUUAUAUUAAUUAAAAUAGGAAAUUCAAACAGCCUAAUAAUAAUAAUCAUAAGCUUUACCAAUAGCUUAAGAUUUCUUAUUGAACUAAGGUCAAUUAAUGUUGGGUCCACCAAGUUAGAUGAGUAGUAGCAAUUUAGGUUUUGGAUAGCCUUCAGGUUAUGGAUAGCCUCCAGGAUUUACAAAUUCUUCAAUGAAUUAAGCUCCUAUGGGUUAUGGAGGAUAACAAUUUGGAUCAUAUUAGCCACCUGGUUUUUGACCAAAUUAAAUAUAUUAAAAUAAA